CCUUACACCAUUUUCCUCAUAUAUUUGUCAUUUUGAGAAAUAACUCCCUGAUAUUUUGCACAUUUGUACACCAUUCAAUUUCCUACCAGCUCACUUUAUUUCAUGACCAUCAGAUUGAUAGUCACAAUGUUACAUCACUUUACAGAACAUGCCCUAGUGGCCACUAUUGCGCUGUCGGGCCACCUGUACUCAUCGUCCAAAAUGUCCCUACCUGUGGGGAUAUGGCAAGGAAAAAAUGUAUGAGAAUGACCUCAGGACAAUCACAAACCUCAAAAGUGAGAUCAUCUGUAUCAUUCAGGCCAUACCUGCUGAGGAAUGCAUUCGGCCCAUUGACAACUGUGCAGGUUUAGUUUGCCUACAGCGCGAUGAUGGCCAAACUUGAAGCAUGUUAUUCAAAGUGCUGUAAAAUUGUGACUAUAAGUCUGAUGGUCAUGAAAAUUGGUAGGG